AGACAGACAGACAGACAGACAGACAGACAGAGAGCUAGACAGACAGACAGACAGACAGACAGAUAGACAGACGGACGGACGGACGCACAUCUACAAUAUAUUUAUCGGUUCCCGAGACACUGACACACUGCUUUCGUGUUCUCAUAACACACGUUGAUUCGAGUGAUCCACGCUCCGCAGGUCCGCGUUCUCGGGUUCCAGAGAUUCCUUUUCCUAAGCAGCGUUUAAACGGACUCUCUCUCUCUCCACCCCGGUUCCGACCCGCUCCCCCCCCCAGCCAUGUCCGAGCCGGUCCACUACAUCCACCUGCAGAACUUCAGCAAGUCCCUGCUGGAGUCCCUGAGCGCCCAGCGCGUGGAGGGGCACCUGUGUGACGUCACGGUGCGGGUGCGGGAGUCCUCCCUGAGGGCGCACCGCUGCGUCCUGGCCGCCUGCAGCCCCUUCUUCCACGACAAGCUGCUGCUGGGCUACUCGGACAUCUCGGUGCCCCCGCUGGUGCCCGCCGGAGCCGUGAGCCAGCUGGUGGACUUCAUGUACAGCGGCUCGCUGGUGGUGCUGCAGUCCGAGGCGCUGUGCCUCCUCACGGCCGCCAGCAUCCUUCAGAUCAAGAGCGUCAUCGACGAGUGCACGCAGAUCAUCUCUCAGAGCGCCGCCCGGGAGGGGGGCGGGGCCAAGGGGGGCGGGGCCAAGGGGGAGGGGGAGGAGCCGGGCUCCAAGCCCGGCGGGGGGUGCGCAUCCGAUGUCCGUUACAAGCUGAGGGAUUUGCUGGCCCAGGCGGCGCAGAGGGGGGAGGGAGGGGAGGCGGAAGGAGGGGGCGGGGCGGGCUGCAGCACGCACAGUCGGAAGCAGAGGCAGCCAAUCAGGCUGCAGGUGGGAGGGGAAGGGGGAGGAGCCACGGUGAAGGACGAGGGAGGAGGCGUGGAGCAGAGAGAGGUGGUGGAAGUCACAGAGUCGGAUUUCGGGUACCGGAAAGCGGAGAUCGUGUCGGCCGGGGGGGGGGGAGGAGGGGGAGGGGGAGGAGCCCCUGGGGGGCGGGUACCAGCAGGAAGGGGGCGGGGCGACAGCAUGUUCCUAGAGGGGGCUGAAGUCUUUCCGGAGAGCUUCAUCCCCAAUUGGCAAGCGGAGACCGAAGCAGAGACACACUUCUCGGGACACCAGCAGCAGCAGCAGCAGCAGCAGAGCCCCGGGGGAGGAUUCGAGGGGUCGGAGGUGCAUUUCUCCCCCAGGGGGCGCCAUCUGGCUCCGAGCAAACCACAGCAGCACACGCCCCCGCACUCCACAGGAGCAUCCAAUCAGGUUGUCUUCCAGUACCCCGUCUCUCAAGCCCAGACGGCUCCCUCGUACUUCGUGGGGGGGCCUGCGGCGAUAGACACGCCCCUGGGGGCAGAGCCAGGCCCUGGAAUCCCGCCCCCGGUGGUUAGCCACGCCCACCCCUCCUCCUCCACCUCUGCAGUGCCCGCCUCCUCGUCCCAGGGCUCCGAGACGUCGUUUGACUGCACUCACUGUGGGAAGAGCCUGCGAUCAAGAAAGAACUACAGCAAGCACAUGUUUAUACACUCUGGUCAGAAGCCUCACCAGUGCAGUAUCUGCUGGCGAUCGUUCUCUCUUCGUGAUUACCUGCUCAAGCACAUGGUGGUUCACACGGGCGUCCGCGCCUUCCAGUGCGCCGUCUGCUCCAAGCGCUUCACCCAGAAGAGCUCCCUGAACGUGCACAUGCGCACCCACCGAGCCGAGAGGAGCUUCCCCUGCCCGCUGUGUGACCGACACUUCAGCCAUCGGACGCUGCUGGAGAGACACUCCGCCCAGACACACCCCCCGCCACCCCCGCCGGCCAAUUAGAGACAGGGGGAGGAGCCACAGUCACACACACCAGCCCGCAGUAAAAGCACAGCACACUGUAAUAAAGAAAGAAGCAUUGUAAAGCACAGAGAGGUCUGGUAAAGCAUGGGGAAGCAUUGUAAAGCACAGAGAGGUCUGGUGAAGCAUAGGGAAGCAUUGUAAAGCACAGAGAGGUCUGGUAAAGCAUAGGGAAGCAUUGUAAAGCACAGAGAGGUCUGGUGAAGCAUAGGGAAGCAUUGUAAAGGACAGAGAGGUGUGGUAAAGCAUAGGGAAGCAUUGUAAAACACAGAGAGGUCUGGUAAAGCAUAGGGAAGCAUUGUAAAGCACAGAGAGGUCUGGUAAAGCAUAGGGAAGCAUUGUAAAACACAGAGAGGUCUGGUAAAGCAUAGGGAAGCAUUGUAAAGCACAGAGAGGUCUGGUAAAGCAUAGGGAAGCAUUGUAAAACACAGAGAGGUCUGGUAAAGCAUAGGGAAGCAUUGUAAAGCACAGAGAGGUCUGGUAAAGCAUAGGGAAGCAUUGUAAAGCACAGAGAGGUCUGGUAAAGCAUAGGGAAGCAUUGUAAAGCACAGAGAGGUCUGGUAAAGCAUAGGGAAGCAUUGUAAAGCACAGAGAGGUCUGGUAAAGCAUAGGGAAGCAUUGUAAAGCACAGAGAGGUGUAGUAAAGCAUAGGGAAGCAUUGUAAAGCACAGAGAGGUGUGGUAAGGCAUAGGGAAGCAUUGUAAAGCACAGAGAGGUCUGGUAAAGCAUAGGGAAGCAUUGUAAAGCACAGAGAGGUCUGGUAAAGCAUAGGGAAGCAUUGUAAAGCACAGAGAGGUCUGGUAAAGCAUAGGGAAGCAUUGUAAAGCACAGAGAGGUGUGGUAAAGCACAGGGAAGCAUUGUAAAGCACAGAGAGGUCUGGUAAAGCACAGGGAGGCAUUGUAAAGCACAGAGAGGUCUGGUAAAGCACAGGGAAGCAUUGUAAAGCACAGAGAGGUCUGGUAAAGCAUAGGGAAGCAUUGUAAAGCACAGAGAGGUCUGGUAAAGCAUAGGGAAGCAUUGUAAAGCACAGAGAGGUCUGGUGAAGCAUAGGGAAGCAUUGUAAAGCACAGAGAGGUCUGGUAAAGCAUAGGGAAGCAUUGUAAAGCACAGAGAGGUCUGGUAAAGCAUAGGGAAGCAUUGUAAAGCACAGAGAGGUCUGGUAAAGCAUAGGGAAGCAUUGUAAAGCACAGAGAGGUCUGGUGAAGCAUAGGGAAGCAUUGUAAAGCACAGAGAGGUCUGGUAAAGCAUAGGGAAGCAUUGUAAAGCACAGAGAGGUCUGCUGAAGCAUUUUCCAAACCAGGGUGAACUCUUACAAGGGCAGUGUCGACUGUGUUUGUAUAAAAAUCGACUCGUCUUCAUAUUCGUCGUGUAUCACAGGGACCAAAAACAGCAAAAGAGCUUCUUUGUAUUAAACUUGAUAUUUGAAAGAUUUCCGAUUCUUUUUAAACCCAGGUUUCAGUUCAGAAUCGGGAAGCAAUGGAAAACUGAAUUCUGUGUGCUUGUGAUGUUUCUACACAGCUGCAUGUUCUCUCUGUCUGAAGCCAGCCUGUCUCUUCAGUUGAAUAUUGCUAGUUCAGUUUCAGCCUGUUCUGUUUCACUGUUGUGUGUGUGUUGCUUACUGCUGUACAAUAAAGUGUUUGUAUAUUAAGAAAA